CUCAGUUGCUGAAAAGCCCCCAAAGGGCUUGCCCUCUUCUGACAGGAAGAAAAGAUUUCCAUCCAUUUCCUUUCUGAAAUCUCAGUCAUUGCUGGCCCAACCCAGUGCUUCAGGUUUGAAGACAAUUCAAGAUCCUUUUAGCAAGAGAAAGAUCCAAAUUUCAAAGGUCUCAGACACCCCUGGAGAAACCCCAACCCUCAAAGAUUCUUCAGCCACAGACUCACUUAGGACACUCCAUUUGUAUCCCACCAGUGACAGGGCACCAGUGUCACAAAUCCCUGGCUCUGAUGAGAUGCCACCUCCCACGCUGCAGAAGAAGCCCAGACCAGCCCUGCCUCCUCUCACUCUUCAGCUACCCCGGACACCACAGACGCCAGCCCCUCCAAGGGAGCUGAAAUCAUGCUUCCCCUCUCUCGACAAGCCCUGGAUAAAGACUUUAGCUUUAGGUAAAGAACGCAAGAUGAUGGUGCCUCCUCCCACUCCCCAAGAACCUGACAAGGUGACGUAUUUUGUCAAUGUAGAGGCUCAGAGAAAGAAUCUGAUCCUAUUAAAUGAAGCCAUGCAAACGUUGGGACUCCCUCCGCAGCUACUCACAAUAGCUCGGAAUCUCAUCAUUGAGCUCCUCCGCACAGACACAAUUCGGCUGGGAUUCUUCUUCCAAAAGUACAUUGCCUAUAGGCUGAUCCAGCGUGUAAGAAACAACAUAAUUCAUCAAAUAAAAACCACACAAAAUACAGGAAAAGGUUAUGAAGCCAGGAACCUCUACAUCAUGCUGAGCAGAAUUGAUGACUAUCAGAAGAAGAUCAUGUGUGCCUGGGCGGAGAAGCUCAAGUCCCUAGAGGAGAAACGAAAUCAGUGCCUGGGGAAAAUGACAGCCUUAUUUACCCAGCUUCGAGAGAUGUACAAAUUGAAUCUUAGCCAGCCAAUCCUGUUGAUUCCUAGCAAAAAGGAGACCCCUGCCUCUGCUGGACUUUUUAAACAGCCGCUCCAAGAGCUGCCGAUAGAAAAGGAGAAACUAUACGACAAGAAAAUCAGACAACAAGAAGACCAGCUGAGAUCCAUCUGGAAUGCUGAUCUGUCCUCCUCAAGCUACCCAAUAAUAGAGAAGACACCAGUGAGUCUGCUCUGGGCCAAGCUGGGUGGGUUUCCGGACAUUCCCAGGCUACUCCAGUUAGACAUCCAGUCCACCUUCAGAAAAUCUCUUGCCUCCCUUAAGUCACGGUCUAAGAAGGCUCCCAAGUAACUACAAAAUUAAACACAAAUCUAUUGAAAGCAAAGUGCAUGU